AUGGGCCUGCGCGCGCGUCGGCGCGCUCGACGCGGCGCCGCGGCGAUCGCGCGCGGCGCCGAGGGCGGCGCGCGCGCGCUCGAGCGCGCGCUCGCCGCCGCGACGCGGCCCGUCGCCGCCGGGCUCCCACUCGCGGGCGAGCUCGAGGCCUUCGCGCCGCGCGGCGCGCGCCGCGGCGACGCCGCGGCCUACGCGGGCGUCCUCGGGCCACCCGCGGAGCUGGCGACGCGCGCCGGGCUGCCGCCGCUCGACCAGCUCGCGUGGUGGCGCUUCCUCCUCCGCCACCGCGGCGCCGUGCUCCUGCCCUUCGUCGACGCCGAGCGCAACGCCGUCACGUUCAUCAACGACGCGCGGGGGCCGGCGCGGUCCGGGCCGCCGCCGGCCGGCGCGGCGGCGGCGAACGUCGAGUUCGCCGAGGUGGGCGGCGUCGUGGCCGUCCGCGCGCUCGAGGACAUCGCGCCCGGCGCGGCGCUGCUCAUCGACUACGGCGACGCGCCCCGCGCGGCGCGGCGGGCCCUCGCCCGGCCGCCGCUCGCGCCCGCGCUCGUCGACGCGCUCCGCGGGGAGUUCGGCGACCCCGCGCGCGCGCGGACGCGGCGCGCGGACGCGGCCGCGCCGCGCCUGCUGGACCCGGCCCGCGCGAAGCGGCGCUCGAACGCGCGCAUGGGGGCGAAGACGAACGAGAGCUUCUCGUCCUUGUACGCGCGGCCGGAGCCCGGGCCGAACCGCCGGAACGCCCGGCCUGGCAAGGUCGUCGGCCUGGUCUUCGGGGGCUUCAACGAGUUUUCCGAGGACGUUCACGGCCUGCUCGCGUUCGCCGCCAAGUCGCUCGCCGAGAAGGUGAGCGCCGAGGACGGCUUCAUCAGCGUCGAGCACGCGGAGGCCAUCUGCCUCCAGCGCUUCGUCCGGCGCCUGGGCGUCGUCUGCGCCCGCGAGAACGCGCGCCUCCGGCUCCGCGGCCUCACCUUCCUCGACACGCACGGCAAGGUCCGCCCCUACAUCAAACCCUACUGCGAGCGGCACUGGCGCCUGCGCCAGGACGCCGCCGUCCACUGGCGCCUCCGGCGCCUGUGA